GUGUGUGGAGUGCUAAAGACGACUGCGGUGGCGGUUCGGAGCAAAUUAGAAAAAGUAUCUUCUGUGGGACUCCCACCAGUCGUCGACGCACUCGAGACACUCGGAAUCUACUGUCAUGGGCUUCGAUUUGAGGAGAUUGGAUGUGUAUCGUAAGGUGCCCGCGGACCUGACACAGCCUACGUAUUUCGGGGCGGCGAUCUCUGUCGGCUGUAUAAUCUUCAUUACGACUCUCCUGAUCUAUGAAACGUACAAUUUCUUCAGCCCGGAACUAGUCAGCGAUCUCUACGUGGACAACCCCGCACCGUCCGAGAAGAUUAUCGUUUUCCUCAACAUAUCGUUGCCGAAGCUCUCCUGUGACGUGGUUGGUUUGGACAUACAGGACGAGAACGGUCGUCACGAAGUUGGUCAUAUUGACAACACCGAGAAGACGGUCUUGAAUGACGGCAAGGGCUGCAAUUUCGUCUCUAAAUUCACCAUAAACAAGGUUCCCGGGAACUUCCAUGUGUCAACCCACGCGGCUAAAACUCAGCCUGACGAUAUAGACAUGUCCCACGAGAUUCACUCGUUAACGUUCGGAGAACAAUUGAUAUAUGAACUCGGUGACGAUAUCAAGGGAAGUUUCAAUGCUCUUCAAAAUCACGAUCGACUCAAAGCAGAUGGUAAAGAGUCUCAUGACUACGUCAUGAAAAUUGUGCCAACCGUCUACGAGCUGUCUUCUGGGGACAGUCUCGUGGGAUAUCAGUACACCCACGCGCACAAGAGUUACAUAACAUUGUCGUUCUCCGCCGGGAGGAUCAUCCCAGCGAUCUGGUUUAAGUAUGAUUUGAAUCCCAUCACCGUGAGAUACCAUCGACGAACCCAACCCUUGUACAGUUUCCUAACGAAUGUGUGCGCCAUCGUGGGCGGUACCUUCACCGUAGUCGGCAUCAUCAACUCGAUCUGCUUCACUGCUGGGGAAGUUUUUAGAAAAUUCGAAAUGGGUAAAUUGAGUUAGAUUCGCGCUUCGGUGGCCGGAAUCCGCGAUACUGACCUAGAGGAAUGAGCUUAUGCAAUGAGAAGAAGACCCAGGUCCGCAACAGAUGCUCGAGGAUUAGUGUUCCCCCGAGAAUUUCUAAUGGCGCGCAUAAGAUCGGAAUUCGUGCAUGAAUUCUAGGUUUUUUAUAAUAAGAGAGAAGCGGGAAAGUUGGGUUCCGGUUUUGGAAAUAGGCGGGCUACGGGAUACGGGAUAUAAAAAAAAAUUCAUGGGCGUCGAUCAUAGCAUCAGGAAGACGGCAAGCUUCGAUGAUGAAUGAUUUAUGAAUCGCCAUUGGAUUAUAAAUUUGAACUGCAAAGGAACUCGAACUAAUAUACGAGCUUCUCAUCGGAGAGAAUCGACUUCCGAUUCGUCCAACCUUCCAUAGCGCACCUCAACCUACAGGGGAGUAAUCGAUUCAGUUUUGUAAAUCGAACUCUUUGGGAGCAAAGUACAAUUUGAUACAGAGAGAAUAAAUAAAAUAGACGUCUGGGAUCAGUAUAGAUACAUGUUUGCAAGCAUUUAGGGUGUUGCUUUAAUUUCUUUCAAAUAAAACCAUCCUUUGAGAUUGUGACUUUUGCGCUGGUCA